CGUGCCUCCGGUCGAGCUUCUCAUUCGAUGUCGAGCAUUCGGCCCAACCGGGAGGAAUUUCGGCUGUAGCAAACUAGUGGUCGGUCUUUUGGGGGCGAAACGCAUUCCUCCAGCAAAUCACAGGAUUACUGUUCCAGUAUUGCUUUUUAGGUUACCAGUCUGUUUCGAGCUUUCAUGCUAGUGUUGCCUAGUGUUAGUGUUUUAUGUUUUUUCGGUGCUAUUGGUCUCAUUCCUGGCGGUGAUCCUGUUUACGGCUAGCGAAACGGUAAAUUCAAAGCAAAGGGGGAACUGGGAGUGCCUAGCGAAAUUCGGAAAACUUGGCGAGUGCAUAUGAAAACCAGGUUCAAAAAGUUCGAAUCUAGACGAAGCAAUGACGAAUAAUCGAUUGCUGGUGCUUGGGGUGAUCGUGAUGAUCCUCGUGAUACAGUGCUACUCCAGAGAUCCACCCAAGGUGGACAUACCCGAACAGGGAACGGUGAUGGGUAUGUUCAUGAAGAUGUUCAGAACUCAAUGGGUAGUUGCGUACCUUGGGAUUCCGUACGCCCAGGCACCGACAGGGGAUAAACGUUUUAGCCGUCCCGUGGUCGACAACUUACCCAGCUGGGAAGGGGUAAAGAACGCGUCCAGCUUCGAAAAGCAGUGCUGGUCGGCACCUCGGAGCAACCAGCGGCGGCACAAUCAACUGUUUAUGGAGCUGAUCCAGUCGGCUGAGGAUGGGGAGAAGCAGUACGACGAGGACUGCCUGUUUUUGAAUAUUUAUGUCCCGGACGCCCCCAUGCCCCAGGAAGGCUACUCGGUGAUGGUGAUGUUCCCUCCGGGCGACUUUGACGGUGACACCCCCUUUAUGCUGAAUCCAUUCCAGUUGGUGUUCAAGCAAAAGUUGAUCGUCGUAACCGUUCAGUAUCGCCUGGGGAUUUUUGGGUUUCUGACCACUGCCGACACGGAAGCUCCAGGCAACUUCGGACUGAUGGAUCAAGCGGCCGCCCUGUUGUGGAUCAAUCGGAACAUCAAGCUGUUCAGUGGAAACGAAGCGUCCGUUACUAUUAUCGGCCACGGGACAGGCGGUGUGUGCGUUGGUUUGCUGCUUAGCUCGGGCGAAUGGACGAGCGACUUUUUCCACAAAGCCAUCAUCAUGUCCGGCAGUGUAUUAACAGAUUCAAUGGUCAAGAGUCCGCAGUCCUACACGUCUGCACUGGAUGAAGCGGCUAGUAUAUUCGGCUGUAAUCGGAAGCCUACAUCACAGCUGAUUACUUGCCUGCGUAGAGUUCCGGGACCUGUUUUGGCGGAAAACGCUCCAACCGUCGACUGGGGUCCGGUGGUUGAUAAAGAUUUGAGUAACGUGACUACACCGUUCAUUCCGGAACUUCCAAUAAUGCUGGCUCGUGAGGGUAAAUUGAAAAAGGUACCACUGUUAAUUGGACAUACCGAUAUGGAAGAAGGUUUGGAUGUGGCCAUGGGUGAUAUUUUGGAGAACGGAAUAGCGGUCGAGAUGUUCGAGACUCUCUUGGGAGAUGCUGUUAUGAUGGAUCUGUCGCACAUGGAUUUCAAUGAUUCUAUUUGUGGAGGGAACAUGGAGAUUGUGAUGGAUGCGGUACAGUUCCAGUAUAAUCCUUAUCCUCCCACAACGGAUCCGAUGACUUUGAGGCGGCGCUAUAUAGAGUUUGCGACCGAGCGAAAGUUUGUUUCAUCCACAAUUGAACUAGCGAUGGCGAUGAGUCAACUGGCAGACACCUACGUGUACCGUUUCGAUAUUAAGCCACGAACUGAAGCCGCCUUGAAGGGUGUCCCAGAGUGGAUGGGCGUUCCGCACAACUUCGAGCUGAUCUUCCUCUGGGGUCUUCCGUACUGGCUGAUGCUCGCCGAUCAGAUGCAGUGGGAUAGUGCGGAUAAACGCGUGGCUGACAUCGUUAUGACACUGUGGGCCAACUUCGCCAAGUACACCAAUCCCACCCAAGUCGGUGUCUACAUCAAGUGGGAUAAGUUCACCAAUGACGAACCGGGGGUACUGAUUAUCGACCGGUCGUUCAACAUGAGCGACCACACGACGAUGAACUUCAAUGCGGUCAAGUUCUGGAAUCACUACUACCCGAGUGUGAUCAACUUCGCGGCACAGUGCUGCAAUUCCACGUAUAACGGCGGCGCCAGUUACCAUGAAAUGUUGAGUAGUUCCGUAGUGUAUAGUAUUGUAGUAGCAAAUUUUAUAUUGUUACAAUCAUUUAUUUACAUUCAAAUACAAUAUUUUUUCCAGACGUAACCGUCGGAAAGGAGCGUAG